AUGCAGGUGGCCAUGAACCCCACUGACGCUGUGUUCGACGCCAAACGCCUGAUCGGCAGGAAGUUCGACGACCAGAUUGUUCAGUCAGACAUGAAGCUGGGGCCUUCAAGGUGAUUUUAAAAUAGUAGUCAAAUGUAUUACAACCAAGUGCUCAUUCUUCUACAAAUGGUAACAGAAAAAUCACAAACCAAUAAAAACAAAAACAAAAAACACAUACAGUGGGGAGAACAAGUAUUUGAUACACUGCCGAUUUUGCAGGUUUUCCUACUUACAAAGCAUGUAGAGGUCUGUAAUUUUUAUCAUAGGUACACUUCAACUGUGAGCGACGGAAUCUAAAACAAAAAUCCAGAAAAUCACAUUGUAUGAUUUUUAAGUAAUUAAUUUGCAUUUUAUUGCACGACAUAAGUAUUUGAUACAUCAGAAAAGCAGAACUUAAUAUUUGGUACAGAAACCUUUGUUUGCAAUUACAGAGAUCAUACGUUUCCUGUAGGUCUUGACCAGGUUUGCACACACUGCAGCAGGGAUUUUGGCCCACUCCUCCAUACAGACCUUCUCCAGAUCCUUCAGGUUUCGGGGCUGUCGCUGGGCAAUACAGACUUUCAGCUCCUUCCAAAGAUUUUCCAUUGGGUUCAGGUCUGGAGACUGGCUAGGCCACUCCAGGACCUUGAGAUGCUUCUUACGGAGCCACUCCUUAGUUGCCCUGGCUGUGUGUUUCGGGUCGUUGUCAUGCUGGAAGCCCCAGCCACGACCCAUCUUCAGUGCUCUUACUGAGGGAAGGAGGUUGUUGGCCAAGAUCUCGCGAUACAUGGCCCCAUCCAUCCUCCCCUCAAUACGGUGCAGUCGUCCUGUCCCCUUUGCAGAAAAGCAUCCCCAAAGAAUGAUGUUUCCACCUCCAUGCUUCACGGUUGGGAUGGUGUUCUUGGGGUUGUACUCAUCCUUCUUCUUCCUCCAAACACGGCGAGUGGAGUUUAGACCAAAAAGCUCUAUUUUUGUCUCAUCAGACCACAUGACCUUCUCCCAUUCCUCCUCUGGAUCAUCCAGAUGGUCAUUGGCAAACUUCAGACGGGCCUGGACAUGCGCUGGUUUGAGCAGGGGGACCUUGCGUGCGCUGCAGGAUUUGAAUCCAUGACGGCGUAGUGUGUUACUAAUGGUUUUCUUUGAGACUGUGGUCCCAGCUCUCUUCAGGUCAUUGACCAGGUCCUGCUGUGUAGUUCUGGGCUGAUCCCUCACCUUCCUCAUGAUCAUUGAUGCCCCACGAGGUGAGAUCUUGCAUGGAGCCCCAGACCGAGGGUGAUUGACCAUCACCUUGAACUUCUUCCAUUUUCUAAUAAUUGCGCCAACAGUUGUUGCCUUCUCACCAAGCUGCUUGCCUAUUGUCCUGUAGCCCAUCCCAACCUUGUGCAGGUCUACAAUUUUAUCCCUGAUGUCCUUACACAGCUCUCUGGUCUUGGCCAUUGUGGAGAGGUUGGAGUCUGUUUGAUUGAGUGUGUGGACAGGUGUCUUUUAUACAGGUAACGAGUUCAAACAGGUGCAGUUAAUACAGGUAAUGAGUGGAGAACAGGAGGGCUUCUUAAAGAAAAACUAACAGGUCUGUGAGAGCUGGAAAAAUCAUACAAUGUGAUUUUCUGGAUUUUUGUUUUAGAUUCCGUCUCUCACAGUUGAUGUGUACCUAUGAUAAAAAAUUACAGACCUCUACAUGCUUUGUAAGUAGGAAAACCUGCAAAAUCGGCAGUGUAUCAAAUACUUGUUCUCCCCACUGUAUAUCCUCAAUGGCCCUGGUCAAGAUGAAGGAGAUUGCUGAGGCCUACCUGGGCCAGAAGGUGUCCAAUGCAGUCAUCACAGUCCCAGCCUACUUCAACGACUCCCAGAGGCAGGCCAUUAAAGAUCUCUGGACUGAACGUCCUGAGGGGUCAUCAAUGAGCCCAUGGCGGCAGGAUCAUCAAUGAGCCCACGGCGGCAGCUGUCGCUUACGGGCUGGACAAAGGCAAGAAUGAGGAGCGCAGUGUACUCAUCUUUGAUCUCGGCGGAGGCACCUGUGACGUCUCCAUCCUGACCAUCGAGGAUGGGAUAUUCGAAGGUGAAGGCCAACAGCUGGGGACACUCACCUGGGAGGGGAGGGCUUUGACAACCGCCUGGUCAACCACUUUGUGGAGGAGUUCAAGAGGAAGAACAAGAAGGCAAUGAGGAAGCUGAGAAACAGCCUGUGAGAGGGCCAAGAAAGCCCUCUCCUCCAGCUCCCAGGCCGGCAUCGACUUCUACACCUCCAUAUCCAUCACCAGGGCUCGGUUUGAAGAACUCAACUCAGAGCUCUUCGGGGGGGAACCCUGGACCCGGUCGAGAAGGCCCUGAAAGAUGGACAAGGCUCAGAUCCACGAGAUCGUCCUGGUCAGUGGCUCCACUCGAAUCCCUAAGAUCCAGAAGCUCCUGCAGGACUUCUUCAACGGAAGGGAACUCCAACAAGAGCAUCAACCCAGAUGAAGCGGUGGCUUACGGCGCUGCCGUCCAAGCGGCCAUCUUGAUGGGUGACACCUCUGAGAAUGUCCGGGACCUUCUCCUCCUGGACGUGGCUCCUCUGUCCCUGGGCAUCGAGAUGGCUGGAGGGGUCUUGACCGCCCUGAUCAAACGUAACACCACCAUCCCCACCAAGCGGAACCAGAUCUUCUCCACCUACGCUGACAAUCAGCCAGGUGUGCUCAUCCAGGUGUACGAGGGAGAGAGAGCCAUGACCAAGGACAAUAAUCUGCUGGGGAAGUUUGAGCUCACGGGUAUCCCUCCCGCUCCGAGAGGACUUCCACAGGUCGAGGUGACCUUCGACAUCGAUGCUAACGGCAUCCUGAACGUGUCGGCGGUGGAUAAGAGCACUGGCAAGGAGAACAAGAUCACCAUCACCAACGACAAGGGGCAGCUCAGCAAAGAAGACAUUGAGAGGAUGGUGCAGGACACAGACAAAUACAAAGCUGAGGACGAUGCCCAGGGGGAGAAGAUAGCAGCCAAUAAUGGGUUGGAGUCCUACACAUUCAACAAGAAGAGUAGUGUAGAAGACCCGAACUUGGCAGGGAAGCUCAGCGAGGAUGACAAAAAGAAGGUCGUUGAGAAGUGCAACCAAACUAUCUCCUGGUUGGAGAAAAACCAGAUGGCUGAGAAGGAGGAGUUUGAGCACCAGCAGAAGGAGCUGGAGAGAGUGUGUAACCCAAUCGUAUCCAAGCUCUACCAGGGGGUGGGAGGGGCUACUCCGAUGGGGAGUUGUGGCAUCCAGGUUGAGGUUGGUGCUAGCUCUCAGGGCCCUACCAUUUGA